UCGUGUGGAUUGAGAUGGUGAUUCUCGCCAUCAUAAUGCUACUGGGUACGGUCGGUAACGUCAUGGUGAUGCAUGUGAUUAUCGUGCACAGGCGCAUGCACACGUCUACGAACGUCUUCAUCGGCAGCCUGGCGCUCUCCGACCUUCUCUUCAUGGUCGGAAUACCCUUCAUCAUCACGACCAAGGUCACCGUACAGUGGGUGCUCGGAGACACGCUAUGCGACAUCGUCUUCUUCCUCAUGUUUAUCUGCGGAAGCAGCUCCAUACUGACGAUGAUGGCAAUCAGCUUCGAUCGCUGGGUUCUCGUCUGCCACCCUCACUGGCACACUCUAACGAUAACGCAAGCGCUUCUGGUGGCUGCUGCCAUGUGGCUGAUGGCGUGCGCGAUCUCUGUCCCGCUCGGCCUCGCCUUCCAAGUCGGAGAUUUCUACGGACCGAAUUAUCUCUUCUGUACGAUCAUCUGGCCGAAUGGCAUCGACGGCAAACUGUACAUCAUGGUGGCGACGAUAUUCCUGCUCGUCAUUCCGACGUGUUUCAUCGCUAUGAACUACGCGCGUAUCUUCUACACGAUUCGUCUGUCGCACAAGCGCGCGCGGGGGAACAACGCUGCAGCGAUGAACAGCAGCCAGCUGAGACUCAUCAAGUUGUUCGUCACCGUGGUGUUGUUCUUCGCUGCGAUGUACACUCCGUUCUUCAUCCUGAACAUCCUCCUGCUCUACACGACCGUACCGCUGACGUCGACGCACUACACGUGGUGCGUCAUCACGUGUCUACUGAACGCCGCCACCAACCCGCUGCUCUACGGUUACUUCAACGAGAACUACCGACGUCACUUCCGGGAGAUGAUCGCGUGUCGUUGCUCGCAGAGCGACGACGAUUCGGUCGAGACGCCGAUCAAUGGAGAGACGAAGCUCGACCGGAGAAGCACGAGUGCGGGGGCGCCACUGCAGCUGAAGACGAGCGUCGCAUUGUGAACGGAAACGGUGUUGCAGGAAAACGGAAACGGACCGAGAGCCGCCGGCGGGAUAAUGUGUGUGGGGCGCCAUCUGACGGCGGAGGAGAGUCUGUGAAACAACGGGAUA